AUGGUAAGUUUGUUGUUUUAGUCAGACUUAUCUUGGUUUAGGCCCGUAAUUCAGAGAAAGCUAUGACGGCCUUGGCCAGAUGGCGUCGGAUGAAGGAAGAAGAAGAAAAAGGACCCAUGGAGAAGCGGCCCAACGAUGUCAGACUCUGUGAUAAACUCGAAGAUGCCGAAAGAUAUCGUCGAGAAGUUCUGGCUGAUAUAGCACGGAAAAUCGCCAAUAUUCAGGUAAUACUUUGACUUUUUUUGUUCGAUUUUUAGAUGAAUAGCUGUGUCGAGACGUCAUUAAGCUAUUCGUGCUUACCUUUUCCUUCUCUUGGUUGGAUUUGUGGACGAGAAAGGCUGAUUUAUGUUAUCCAUUGCACCUUAACCAAAAUUUUUUUAUAUUGUCUUUCCAGAAUCCCGGUUUGGGCGAAUUCAAAAUCCGCGACCUCAACGAUGACAUCAACAAGAUGAUAAAGAUAAAAAACGCGUGGGAGCGGCGAAUAUCAGAGCUUGGCGGACCAGAUUAUAGGUAAGCCAUCAUUUAGUUAUUUUUAUUUUCAAUUUUAGGAAAUUUGCACCGCGCGAAUUGGAUAAAGACGGGAGAGAAGUCCAGAGCAACAGAGGAUACAAAUAUUUCGGCGCGGCGAAGGAUUUGCCUGGUGUCAGAGAGCUUUUCCAAAAAGAAAUUGAUGAAGAUGAGGUAAAGAAGAGGGCGACGCGAAAGCAGUUGAUAAAGAAUGUGGAUGCGCAUUAUUAUGGGUACAUGGACGAAGACGACGGAUGGCUGAUUCCGUUGGAGAAGCCGGAGGAAGAGAAGUCAAUACAGAGAUUGGAAGAGGAAUGGGAACGAAGGGGUCCGGAGAUGAAUAAAUCGAAAGAUCUGGAUGAUAAUAUCUAUCAAGUGGAGGAAGUAGGUGAUUGUGAAGAAAGAAGAGAUCUUUUUUGACUAUUUGAAACUUGCUUCGGCCAGAAUAACCUUUUAUUUUCAUGAUUUUUGGCUAAAACUUUGAUUUUAUUAUCUAAAAUAAUAUAAUUUUCGAUGGAUCUUUACGAAAUCAGCGUCGAACUCGAAAAAUUCUUUCUUUUUCAGGACUCUGAUGAUGAAAUGGAGCCGAUCGAUGUCAAAGAAUCCGUGGUUUUGGGCGACGACGGCCGUGAAAUGAUCAUCAAACAUGUGAUGGUACCCUCUCAAAAAGAUAUCGAGGAGAUGAUUGUGGAGCGAAAGAAGCAAGCCCUACUCGCCAAAUUUGUUGGUGGUGACUAA